GGUUCUCAAAAAAGUUGGGAUUUUUCGAGAGAUCUUGUUGUUCUCUCAACCAUGGAAGCUGCUGUCUUUACUUCACUAUACUUUUCCAGUUUACCAAUUACAAAGGCAAUCUUCAACCCGAUUCCACCUGCUCUAUCUUCGUCUCCUUGUUGGCUCUGCAAUUUUCCAGCCAAGCGAAUCACCAAGCCGAGACUUAAAGAUGGAUCGAAUCAUGGGCUUCUUCGUCUUCAUGCUCUGUUUCACAACGAGGAGGCACCAAGUGAGAACGAAGAUAAAUUGGUGGAAAAUAAUGGGCUUGGUCAUUUCCCUGCGGAUAUUUUCUCUUUGUCUGAGGAAAAGUUUGAAAGUAGUACAAGUGGUGAAAAGGAGAGUCAUAAGAUAAUCGACGUGGAGGCAUCUCUUGCACUUCCUUAUGGUGGAGGAACUCGAGCUGGGCUUUUUAGAACCCCGAUCUCUGGUGGUGUUCAAAGCGCAACCUCUGCUCAUGGCUUACCUCGACCCGCUUUAGCUGUUCGUAACUUGAUGGAACAGGCAAGGUUUGCUCAUCUAUGCACAGUGAUGUCUAGAAUGCACCAUCGCCGAGAAGGCUACCCGUUUGGUUCUUUGGUAGAUUUUGCACCUGAUCCAAUGGGGCACCCAAUAUUUUCGUUUUCACCAUUGGCUAUCCACACUCGGAAUAUCUUAGCUGAACCUAGAUGCACCCUCGUUGUUCAGAUACCUGGAUGGAGUUGCUUAUCGAAUGCAAGAGUAACAUUGUUCGGCGAUGUGUACCCAUUGCCAGAAAACGAGCAAGAAUGGGCCCAUAAACAGUACAUGGCUAAGCAUCACCAAGGACCUUCCCAACAAUGGGGAAACUUUCACUAUUUCAGAAUGCAGAACAUAAGUGAUAUAUAUUUCAUUGGAGGUUUUGGCACUGUCGCGUGGGUCAAUGUCAAUGAGUACGAGGCUCUUCAACCAGAUAAGAUAGCUGUUGAUGGAGGCGAGCAAAAUCUAAAGGAACUAAAUGCCAUAUUCUCAAAGCCACUUCAAGAGCUAUUGUCUACUGAAUCUGAGGUAGACGAUGCAGCUAUCAUUUCUAUAGAUAGCAAAGGGAUUGAUAUAAGGGUUCGUCGAGGUGCUCAGUUUAAUAUACAAAGGUUAGCAUUUGAGGAAAGUCUUGGUGUUGAGACUUUAGAAGAAGCCAAAUCUGCACUGUGGAAAGUGAUAGAGAAAGGCAAGUUGCACAAUUUGCAGAAAUGA